AUUCUGUCCAGCACGGCAGGACUCAAUUUGGUCCACUUGCCAGGGGAGAAGAAGGAGAAAAAAAAAAAAAAGUGGGCUGUAACUUAAAGAUCUUAAGACUCCCAAGUGAGGGGUUGGUCUGGAGGUGGGAGGAGGGAGUGACCAGACAAGGAGGAGACAGAGACUCAGGAGGGCGCAAGGAAGUGUCUUAGCUGAGGCCAGGACAAGGCAGGAGAGGGUGGAGGGAAGUCUGCGGGAGCGGGCAUCCUCCAGGAUCGGAGGCACCUCCACCCGCUUGCUGGGAAGGGCUCUGGACACCCUCAGCCCUUCUCGCCUGCCCUGUGAGGCUCAAGCCAGAAGCUCCGGGCACUUGCUGAGUUGGCGCCACAGCCACGGAGCUGGUACCCCGGGAACCCCCUGCCCGUCUUCUCUCCGCUGCCCAGCAUGGAGGAGGCUGGCGAUUUCGACAACUACUAUGGGGCAGACAACCAGUCUGAGUGCGAGUACACGGACUGGAAGUCCUCGGGGGCCCUCAUCCCUGCCAUCUACUUGCUGGUCUUCCUCCUGGGCACCACGGGCAAUGGCCUGGUGCUCUGGACCGUGUUUCGCAGCAGCCGCGAGAAGAGACGCUCAGCUGACAUCUUCAUCGCCAGCCUGGCUGUGGCUGACCUGACUUUCGUGGUGACCCUGCCGCUGUGGGCCACCUACACGUACCGGGACUACGACUGGCCCUUCGGCACCUUUGCCUGCAAGCUCAGCAGCUACGUUAUCUUCGUCAACAUGUACGCCAGCGUCUUCUGCCUCACCGGGCUCAGCUUCGACCGCUACCUGGCCAUCGUGAGGCCCGUGGCCAACGCUCGGCUGAGGCUGCGGGUCAGCGGGGCCGUGGCCACGGCGGUCCUGUGGGUGCUGGCCGCCCUCCUGGCCAUGCCGGUCAUGGUGUUCCGCUCCACCGCGGACCUGGAGAACACCACCAAGGUGCAGUGCUACAUGGACUACUCCAUGGUGGCCACCUCCAGCUCGGAGUGGGCCUGGGAGGUGGGCCUGGGGGUCUCGUCCACCGCCGUGGGCUUCGUGGUGCCCUUCACCAUCAUGCUGACCUGCUACUUCUUCAUCGCCCAGACCAUCGCCGGCCACUUCCGCAAGGAGCGCAUCGAGGGCCUGCGGAAGCGGCGCCGGCUGCUCAGCAUCAUCGUGGUGCUGGUGGUGACCUUCGCGCUCUGCUGGAUGCCCUACCACUUGGUGAAGACGCUCUACAUGCUGGGCAGCCUGCUGCACUGGCCCUGCGACUUCGACAUCUUCCUCAUGAACGUCUUCCCCUACUGCACCUGCAUCAGCUACGUCAACAGCUGCCUCAACCCCUUCCUCUACGCCUUCUUCGACCCCCGCUUCCGCCAGGCCUGCACCUCCAUGCUCUGCUGCGGCCGGAGCAGGUGCGGGGGCGCCUCCCACAGCAGCAGCGGGGAGAAGUCGGCCAGCUACUCUUCCGGCCACAGCCAGGGGCCCGGCCCCAACUCCGGGAAGGCUGGAGAGCAGAUGCACGAGAAGUCCAUCCCCUACAGCCAAGAGACCCUAGUGGUUGAUUAGGGCUGGGGUCAGAGAGGAGUCCGGUGUCCUCUGCCCUGCCCCGGCCUUUGCCCUCGCUCUCUGGAAGUCAGGUAGCAUGAUAGCACCUUCUCCCUUGCGCUUGACCCUUUUCCCUGCUCCCUGCCUCCCUGCCCCCUCUUGUCCUCCUUCCUCCUUGAGUCUUGUUCAGAGGUUUGUGGUUUAGUGGAAGGAGACUGAGGCCUGCAGACUCCUGCUCAGCCACUCGGUAUCUGUGAGACGGACCUUGCACGAGUCUCUUAACCUCUCUGAGCCUCAGUUUCCCCAUUUGUAUAAAGCGGAAAGUCAGCCUGGCUCAACUGAAGUGUGUUGCCCCCAAAUCCUUUUCUUGGAUAUCCAGCUUUUUCUUUGCCCUCCUUUCUUCCUAAUGUUCUCCCCCUUCUCCCUGCUCCUGCUUUCCCCUCUAGCUGCACUUUCCACUCCGAAUCCUCACCUGCUGGCUCCGACCCCCCUCUCCUACAGCACACUCCCUCCCUCAAUCCCUCCUUCCUCCCCUUUUCUCCUCUGUGUUCUGCAGGGCUCCUAAGGGUUAAGAAUCCUGUGCUUGCACUCAGGGCCCCUGCUCUAGGUCUCUGGGGCUCCCUGACAGCCCGGCAGGGACUGGUGUCAGCCAAGUUAGCUCCAGGCUCUGCAGCUGGGGGCUGUGGAACUUUCCUGCAAAUUGGAUCAGUUCACUGUCCUUUCAGGCACUAAGGAUCCCAGAGGGGGCCUCCCCUCCUGCAGCCCCUCCCUGAUGCCGACUAGAUGUGCUUUUCGCAGAUUUCCUCAGACCCUCUCUUCAGCCUCUAUUCCCUGUGGCAAUUGGAAGGCUACGGGGUUGGUGAAGGGAUGGCCGGCUCCUGGGUGUCGUUAUAGGAGCAGGGAGUCGGGAAGGGAAUGUCGAGGAAGAAGGGAGUCUGUAUUUAGUCUACGUGCUGCUUGGCUACCCUCUCCGAUUCCUCACCCUCCAGCCUCCUCCAGAACUGUGAGCUGCAGGUCUCUGCACCACAGCCUGGCGUCCCCAGGCAGGACUCUUUCCUGGAGCACUGGGUGCUGCUGGGUGUCAAGAAUUAUGUGUGUGUGUGUGUGUGUUUGUGGGUAUGCAUGGAUGAGCGUCACUCGUCCCUUGGGUGAACUACCCCCUUACUGUCUACCGCUUCUCCACUCUUCACACAAUAUCCUUGGGGGAAGAGGGACAUAUUGAGACAAGAUAGAAUAAAAUGAGUCCACCCGCCCCCACUGGAUUUGGGGGCUCUGACGGCUGGUCCGUGCUUUAAGAGAGAAGUCUAUGCUAAUGCUGGGGCCCCUCUGGGGAGAUCUGUCUCCAAGGCCUGGGAAAACCCAAUGUGCUGGGUCCCAUCCUUCUUAGUUCCAUGAGGAAAGCAGGAGGUGGGUAAGAGCUUCCCUUGGCCCCUUCUCCACCUGCCUCCCCACCCUGCUCUGAGUUUAUGAGUGUGUUCCUUGCCAGUCUCCCUCUUUCCAGGGUCUGUGGCGCUCUCCCUAAGGAGGCCGCCUUCUUGCCUGGGUGAAAAGUACUGAGUGGGUUAUUUCUCACCUCACCAUCAGGAUGGGACCCCUUGGCCUCUCCUGCUGGGCUGGGGGUGGGGCGGUGCUGGGCACGGUGCAGCAGGGCUGAGGGCCUGACUUCACGCUACCAGCGAGGCCUCAAGGACAAAAUUGAUGGUGGGCCUUUGUGAGCUGGGGGCAGGGGUGUGUAUAUUCCAGGCUUUGUUCUUGGAGGACUCCGGACAGGAUGUGAAGGACAAGAUUUGCGCCACGGAGGCAGGAAGAGCUUAGCUUGGUGUAAAUGGAGAGCUUGACCACCCCUGGGAUGGCACCAGCUCUGGGAGCAGAGGAAGGAGGAGAGAGGAAGAGGCCCACCUCCGCUCAGUCUCCUCCUCACAGGCCAGAAUCUUCCACAGACUCCCUUUCUCAGCCCAGGGCCCCCCUCAAAGCAUGCAGUUAAAGCUGGAGAAGCUUCAAGAAGGGAAGAGGGCGCCCUUCUGAGGCCCCCCACGGUGACCCCCGAGACCUCUUGCCUGGAACUCAUCAGUGGCCCUGGACAGAGGGUGGAGGCUCCCUCGUCCCCUACAAGCCCCUUCUUUGGAACGUCUCUGCUACUUUUCUUCUGACCCUGUUAGUCACUGUGGUUCAUUCAAUAAAUCUGUUUUGUGUAA